CGUAGCUCUCGCCCGAGAUCCAACCUCAGACUCGCACCUCCUCCUACACCACACGGCCAUUCAUGCCCACCAAGAGCAGCGCUCCCCCGAGCUAUCUGUGCAGCGAAAGACUCCCAUGUUGAGAUCGAAAUCAUGACCAUCUCUCCGCCAGCCCAUGCUGGGCAUUCGCAGCCUGUCGAUGUUCUCCUGCUUGGUUCAGGAUGGACCAGUCAGUUCCUUCUGCCGCUUCUCAAUUUGGAAGGCAUCACGUACGCCUUCACUUCGCGUCAGCGCUCCACUUCGACUAGCGCUGUCCCUCCCCCUCCUGGCAGCUCUAUUCACUUCGAACUCUCUUCUGAUGGGAAGGCUUCCAGAUCGCUCUGGCACUCUCUGCCUAAAGCCAAGGUCGUGCUCAUCGUCUUUCCGCUGCGAUCUCGAGAAGCUGUCCACAACCUCAUAGAUGGCUACGAGCUCUCGCACGGGGCAGCAAACUGGAUCUUGCUGGGCAGCACAGGUGCCUGGGGACCUGUUGGCCACUUCACAUCCACUUCUCCCAUCGACACGUCAAACGCUCGAGCUUCGGCCGAGGAGAGCUUCUUGGCGCUUCACAGACCAGAAAUUGGACGAAACAUGACUGUGCUCAACUUGGCUGGGCUGUAUGGAGCAGACAGGCAGCCGGCCAACUUUGCGAAGAAGGUCGCAACCAGUCAAGACAAGCUUAGAGACAAGGGCAGCUUGCACCUCAUCCACGGCAAGGACGUAGCCAGAGCAAUCGUGGGCGUCUUCAAGGCGUUGCCAGAGCGUGCCUCUUCCAGCAGCAGCAGCCCAAGACCCAGCGAUGCGCCGAGAUCCUCUGCAUCAGCGCAAAAGAGCAAUCUGCUCGGCAAGAGGUGGAUUGUGACCGACACGAACGUCUACGACUGGUGGUUCCUCGUACUCACACUUUCGCCGCCGAGCAUACCGCACGCUGCGAGAUGGGUGUCAGAACUCUGCGCAGCGCACAGCAUCUCUGCUCUUCCUCGUGCACACUCACUUGGGUCCGACCGAACGCAGGCCGCCCCAGCGUACCUGGAAAGAAGCUUGGACGGCACACAUUUCUGGGAUGCCAUAGGCCAGAAGCCUGAAGUUCCGAGGUGCGAUUUAGCGCAAAGGGGCGAAGCGAUCGCCUUCCAGCCUGUCCUGGAUGAGAUGCGCCUGAGAGACCUGCGCACCAAAGUGGAUGCUGCGGUGGACGAGCAGCGAGUGAGAGAAGGCCCCAGUAGUCCCUUUGAGGCGGACAAAGAGAGAUUUGGCUUGACGUACGAGCGCUUUCGGUCCCUGCUCGAGUCUUGGUCGGCGUAUCUUGAACCUCAAGCAACCUCUGCCGCAUCCGAAUCAGGGACACAUCCGUCCGCAUCGACUUCCCUCAAGAGUGCAGAGGGAGGGAGCAUUGACGUCCCAGUCGCCCUUGAACUGGCGCCUCGCAGCGUCCAGAGUCUUAACGGAAGCGCUCACGGAAAUUCAAAGAAGAGACUGGGUGCAGAUCAUGACACUUGGACAGCUCAGGAGGCGAGAUUGAAAAGCUUUGAGCACUUCAAAGUGCAUGUCAAGAAUGUUCAUUUGCACUUCAUACGCGAGAAGCCAGACUACGAAGAGGCGCGUAGGUCUGGAAGGCGUGUCAUUCCCCUCUUGCUUCUCCAUGGAUGGCCUGGAAGCUUUCUGGAGUUCUUGGAUACCAUUAAGCCUCUAGCUCAUCCUGGUCCAAGCGCACCGACCGACGUACCAGCCUUCGACGUGGUUGUCCCCUCGCACACCGGCUACGCAUGGAGCUCCAAUGCUGCGGUCAAGUCUCGGAGUGGCAGUGAACCGGUUCAAGGAGAGUGGAGCGGCUCACAGGGCGAUCUAUUGGUCAGAGACGAAGCGACCUUGAUGGAUGCGCUCAUGCGCACUCUUGGGUUUCCAUACUAUGCUGCGCAAGCUGGAGACUGGUCAAAUGCAGUCGCUCGCUUCAUGGCUAUUCAGUUUCCCAAUAGAUGCAAAGCGGUCCACCUCAACUUCUGUCCAGCUCCGCCACCUCGACUUGCGCCUCCAUUGUUGUCGCUGUGUCACUUGGUCCCGCCUCCGAUCAGAGGCAUAGUCAGCUACUUCACUCCAAACAGCAUCAAAUCCCUUGUCGAAAGCGUCGCCGAAAUGCCGAGGACCCUACCGAGGAGUUCCUACGCGAAACAGCCGGGCUUCUUCACAGUGCAUGGCGUGGCCCACAGACUGGCCAAAAUGGCACUCGGAUUCCCAUCGCUGCUCGACAAGGACGAAUCCACCAGACUUGCUAGAGCUAUCGAAUUCCAGACGACUGGAAGCGCGUAUGCAGCAUUCCAUGGCACAAGACCAGGCACGCUAGCUAUCGUCACAGAAUCCAGCCCCGUUGCUUUGCUGGCGUGGAUCGGGGAAAAGUUCCUGCAGUGGACCGAUCAAGACCCUCCGGACUCGGAGAUCCUCGCCAGCCUGACGCUUUGGUGGUGCACAGAUACCAUGGCGAGGUCGCUGUACCCGUAUCGCAAUCGACCCGCCUCGGGCCUUCAAGGCGUCAUUUCAAGGCCAGAGAAUCGGAUUCCUUGUCCAUUUGGAUACACAGACAACCCAUACGAGAUCAUGCCGGCUCCCAAAGAGUGGAUUCGCUCGACUGUCGACAACUUUGCUUGGUAUAGGAAACACGAGCAAGGCGGACACUUCUUCGCCAUGGAGAGGCCUGCUGCAUUCGUAGAGGAUGUCAGAGACUGCUUUGCAGAAAUCUGGCCGAUCAAGUAAUUCAACAAUCACGGAUGGCAAUAAUCGGUGGAGUCCUGCCUAGAUACAAUGACAUCUCAGGCGACUCUCAUAAAUGGCACUAAUGACUCUUAUGGCGACCUUUCGAAGCUGCCUGGGUCUGUCCCGGCCGCUCCACGCUUGCCAGACUCUGCAUGCUUGCUGCGUCCUCUGCUAUGACCAUCGAGCCGCUUCUUCUUAGCCUGUCGUGUCCCAGUGUGUAUUGAAGCAGCUCUCCCACACACGGUGCCGAGCAGAAAAGUAAUGCAUAGACCUUACCAGCUCGCAGAACUGAGCAAGCACCGAG